AUGGCGCGGGCCGUACCCUUUCCGACUGGUGGCUGGACGCCUGAUGACGACAGGGAGGUUGGCGUGGCUUGGAAUUCUGAUCCGCCGGAUGGUCCGAAGAAAAUAGUUGUGGCCCAGGUGGUGCCGCCCUGGGAUGAUGUGCGCCUGGAAACCGAUCCCAGCGGAACUGGUCCGUUGCAAACUGGUGAUCUGAACGGGGCAGCGGAUAACAGCCAAGCCUCUAGGGCUUUCAUGGCCCUCAUUGACCAGCUUGUGCAGCAGGAGGGCUCGAAGGGUUCGGAUAAUGAGCACGACGCUCCCCUGGCACAGGUAUCUCUGAAGGUGCCAGAGACGGAGCAUCGGCGCGUCAGAAAAGAGUACAGUAGUUCCGACACAGAAUCCGGGAAGCCUCAUCACAAGCACAUCAAUGCCAAUCAGCUGCUACAUGCCUUGAGCAGCGAGGAUGAUGUUCGGCUGGGUGCCUACAUGGUGGCUGCCUAUGACGACGAUGAUGACCUGGACCUUCUCAUGAAGCCUCAGGAGACGGAAUCCGAGCAUCGGGCUCGUCUGAGCAAGAUGACGAGGCUGGAGAGGAUAGCGGACUGGUUCGAGUCAGCUCAAUAUGAGAUGCUGAUCGCCGCCGUGCUCUGCUUCAAUGUCCUGUGGAUGGCCCUGGAGGCUCAGGUGGACGGCUACCGUUCCGGCCACACCAUCGGUGUUUUUCAGACCGUGGUGGUGUCUGAUGAAACCUGGGCAGUGUGGGAGAUCGUGUUUGCGAUCGGUGACUUCACCUUCACCGCCUUUUUCGUGCUGGAUGUUCUCGUGCGAAUAGCGAUUUUACGAUGCAAGUUCUGGAAGGUGCCAAUGAACUACAUUGACGUUGCCGUGUCUGGGACAUCACUCUUGGAGAUAGUCCUGUUCUACGCCACGAGUGCCAAUUUGGCGGUAAAUCCGAUCCUUUUCCGACUGUUGCGUAUCGGGAAACUGGCUAGAGCAAUUCGCAUGAUUACUAUGAACAGCGUGCUGGCUUCCUUGCAUCUGCUUAUUCGUUGCCUGGCAGCCAGUACGAAUAUCUUGUUCUGGACGUUUUGCUUGAUCGCCUUCUUUCAAUGCGUUUCGGGAAUGGUUGCCAACACACUUUGCCGGGACUUCAUCAACGACGAAAGCCAGUCGUUGCAAGUGCGCGAAGAUGUGUUUCGAUACUAUGGAACUUUCAGCCGGACUUUCCUGUCGAUGUUUGAACUGUUAUUUGCCAACUGGAGCCCGCCGUGCCGAGUGCUGGUCGAGAACAUCAGCGAGUGGUUUUCGGUCUAUUUCCUUCUGUACAGGUGUGUUCUUGGAUACGCAGUGCUCAAUGUGGUCUCUGCGGUCUUCGUACAGCAGACAAUGAAAACGGCCAGCUCCGACGAAGAGCUUGCAUUCAAGCAGAAGGAGAGGGACAUUGCCAUGUAUACGAGGAAAGUGAGGAGAUUGUUCCAGACGAUGGAUGUAUCGGGGGAUGGAGUCAUCAACUACGAAGAGUUCUCGAAGCUCGUCAAAUCCCCGAUGUUGAAGUUUUGGAUGAGCCAGUUGGAGCUAGAAUACCACGAUCUCAUGUCCUUGUUCGAGUUCUUGGAUAACGGCGAUGGUGAGAUUACGCUUAGGGAGUUCAUCGAAGGAGCGGCACGGCUCCGUGGUGGAGCCAAGGCGCUAGACAUCUGGCGCAUCGAGACCAAGGUGGAGCUGCUAUUUCAGGAAGUCCUCAGCGCAAUCAAAGACCUGACGCAGGACCAGGAAGGCACGGCCACUGUCGGCGAAGUGUUCAGCAAAGCCAGGUAUCGCCACAUCAUCACCGCAGCACGUGGCGCGGGGGCCUCUCAGGAGGAUCUCCGGCUUGAUGGUGCGAACUACGUGUCGGAGGGGGGUCGAUCUGCCAGCACCAGACGCUCAUCUGUGAGACAGAGCUCCAAAGAGCCGGUAGAUCCUCAGAAUUCUCAGGAGUAA